AAUUGGAUUGUAUAUGGCAACAGAAAGGAAAACAAAAAGCUGACGGUACUUCUGUGAAGAACUGUCCACAUCGAAUAGCACAUCGAACAUUCGUGUUACAUCAAAUUGCAUGAUGCAAUGGAUGACUGUAAGCGGUAUUAAAUGUAAACCCGUGAUGCCUAAUUUGUUUGCGUGAUCAGGUAGGUUAUAAUAACAAAGCAGACUGUUCGUGAAUGAGAAAGUCACGUUCCGACGAUUAACAAUGUAACAUUUACCGCUCACUCUACUGAACACUCCGCUAUGCCGAUUCCCUUCUAAUGUUGCGUUAGGUUGGAUUUUAUGUAAUGGUUACUAAAAGGAUGUGCUUUCAAUUCUGACAAGACUGUCAAACGAUUACAGACAAGAUGGAGUCUGUAGGUUGAGUCGACUUCUUACGCUUUGUUGUGGGGAUAACCAAAUGCUACCUGCGUAGUUGAAUCAAAACAUAUAUUUACAGGCUCAGUAUGCGACGUGGUCAAGCUUAUAAAGAAACCGAAAGUGUAGACGUUGAAUCUCCCAUUUAUUGAAUUUGACCGUUGUUUAUAAGUCAACCAUUUUAAAGAUAUGCAGAAAACUAGACAACUAUACAACAACCUUCCGUAGAUCACUGAGGAAGUCAGGUUAACCAAGGAUGCAAGAUGACUGAUCCGAGUGAUGCCGCUGGUUCUCCGGGUACCAGCAACUGUCGGCCGAGUUUGGCUCAAGGAACAGCUGGGCUGGCCGUUAGAACACUGUCCUCUCCACCACCGCCCCCUGGAAGACUCGCCUCUCUACGUUCCAGGGAUCUGACUUUGGGCGGGUUUAAAAAGAAAACCUUCGUGCCCAAUGUGCAAGCUGUCAGGAAAAACAAAGAAGAAUUGAGAGAAGAAAGUAAUUUUGUCCCAAAGAAGGACAGAAGAGAGAGGGAAGAGAGGCACAGGGAGAACAGAGGGAAGAGGAGGGAGAGACCUGCAACCAUCCAGUCUACCUCUAUCUUUGAACAGGGUCCUGCUGAUACCAUACGCAAAACAGGGUGGAGGGCCAGAGACCUGGGUGACAGCGGAACGUCCCCUCUGGCUAAAUGCGUGAAGAAGGAGAAACAUGACUCAGAGGAGGAUGAGAUACUAAACAAACUUCAGCGGGACGAUUUUUUGGAUGAUCCUGGUUUGAAGAAUGAUGACAGCAAGAGGCCCAUCCAACUCCCAUUGUAUCAGUCUAGCAGCUUCCUGAAAACAGAUUCCCCUGCUACAUGUAUAACUGAUAAAGAGGAUAUGACCCCCGAGCCGGCUGUGUUCAAAGUUCCGACCUCCAGGCCCCCUAGGGUUCUCCAUGGAGGGGCUGAGGUGCCCAGGCCAGAGCAGCCCUCUGUGGCACAGCUCUUCCAGGACCUCAGCCUCUCAGAGAGGGAAGAGUUGCUCUUCAUCCAGUUGCCAGACACCAUCCCUGGUAGGCCCAACACGGCAGCUGCCUCUGAAAAACCUGUCAAGAAGGAUUCCAAAGCUGAGGACAAGCGCUCGGCACAAGGGAAAACGCACGAGGCAACAGUAAGGGAGAGUGUGCCUGUCCUGUCUGACUUCUCAGAGGGGUUUAUGGGUAAACUGCAGAUCAGGAAAUCUGGGAAGGUUCAGCUGGUGCUGGGUGACAUCACAAUGGAUGUGUCUGAGGGUGCAGCCUUCUCUUUCCUACAGCAACUGGCGUCGGUGCGCAUUUCGGAGGGUCUGGCAGGGGACAUGUGUGUGUUGGGGAACGUCCAUCACAAGCUGGUGUGUUCUCCUGACUUUGAAGCUCUUCUGCAGGGGGUUCAACCCAGCAAACACAAACCAUCGUUACCUUUCUGACUCGUAGUCCUUUUUGUUUUUAUCUGCACUGUGUAUUUGUGUGAAGGUUUUUGAAUAUUGUACAGCAUUUUUCUAUUACCAUGUUGCAAAAACAUGCCUAUUUAUACGUGUUUUUUUAGAAAUGUUUUUAAAUGUUUAUUGCAAAAAAGACAUGAUACAAAACUGCCUAUUUAUGCAGGCAACUAAUACAAAAUAUAUUCUAAAAGUAACUUAUACAGUUAGUGAUAGUUUGGAUGUUUUCAAUUGGAAACUAGCUCAUCUUAUUGAAAUGACAACUGCUUUAUUACAGUAACAAUAAAGCAUUUCAUACAGAGCAUGGUG